GGAUUGCACCACGACGUGGCUCGAAGCUCUUUUGACUCUCCUUCACCCUCUACAGCCCUACUGCUACGAAUUCUGCAGACUGCCGCUCUGCGUUCUCCGCCGACUCUCGAGCCUCGAACCCUCAACAGCCCUCUCUUUCCGAAUCUCCUUCACGCGGUCACGCUCGAGUGCUCGACUUCCACCUCAGGGCCGCGGUCAUCGCCUCGGCGUCGGCGUGGUCACCGGCCCUCAAUCCGGGGAUUCCGGCUGUCCUCUCGCCGGGUCUCUGGCUAUCCCUCAGGCGCCCAGGUCCCUCUCCUCAAAGCUCGACUUAAAUGUUAGUUCAUCAUUUCAGCCCUAGUUUUCUUUAUGCCAAGAAAGCAUAAAUUAUAGUAAGUUGUCAUGGCUGGAUUGGAGGAAUUGAAAAAGAAGCUUGCACCAUUAUUUGAUGCGGAAAAGGGUUUCUCAGGUGGAUCAACCUUGAACUCUAGUGAUUCUUAUAUGCUAUCAGAUGGUGGAAGCGGUACUGUCAACUUAUUGAGCAGAUCAUAUGGAGUAUACAACAUAAAUGAGCUUGGAUUGCAGAAAUGCACAUCUUGGCCUGUGGAUGAAACGGAUCAUUGUGAAAGGACAUAUCGUUGUGCAUCUCAUGAGAUGAGGAUCUUUGGAGCCAUAGGCAGUGGUGCAAGUAGUGUUGUUCAGAGAGCUAUUCAUAUACCCACUCAUAGAAUUCUUGCCUUGAAGAAGAUUAAUAUUUUUGAAAAGGAGAAAAGACAACAGCUUCUUACUGAGAUACGGAUGUUGUGCGAAGCACCUUGUUAUCAGGGCCUUGUGGAUUUCCAUGGGGCAUUUUAUACUCCUGACUCUGGACAAAUAAGCAUAGCUUUGGAGUACAUGGAUGGUGGGUCCUUGGCAGAUAUCAUAAGAGUGCGGAAAUAUAUACCAGAACCAGUCCUUUCAUUGAUGGCUCAAAAGGUCUUACAUGGACUAAGCUAUUUGCAUGGAGUAAGACAUCUUGUUCACAGAGACAUUAAACCAGCAAACCUGCUUGUGAAUCUCAAAGGGGAGUCAAAGAUAACAGAUUUCGGUAUCAGUGCUGGCUUAGAGAAUUCAAUGGCAAUGUGUGCUACUUUUGUUGGAACUGUUACAUACAUGUCACCUGAACGAAUUCGAAAUGAGAGCUAUUCUUAUCCAGCUGAUAUUUGGAGCCUUGGCCUUGCCCUCUUUGAGUGUGGUACAGGAGAAUUCCCAUAUGCAGCUAAUGAAGGACCAGUAAAUCUUAUGUUACAGAUCCUGGAUGAUCCAUCUCCAUCACCAUCAAAAGACAUGUUUUCACCAGAAUUUUGUUCAUUUAUUGAUGCUUGCCUGCAGAAGAAUGCAGAUGCAAGACCAACUGCAGAGCAGCUUCUUUUGCACCCAUUUAUUACGAAAUAUGAGCAAACUGGGGUUGAAUUAGCAGCAUUUGUCCAAAGUGUUUUUGAUCCAACACAGAGGAUGAAGGAUCUGGUUGAUAUGCUGACAAUACACUAUUACCAACUUUUCGAUGGACCUGAUGAACUUUGGCAACAUGCAGAGACCUUAUAUAACGAAGGUUCGACUUUCAGUUUCUCUGGGAAACAAUCUGUUGGACCAAAUGAUAUCUUCACAAAUCUAUCACACCUUAGAAAUACGUUAGCGGGUGACUGGCCUCCUGAAAGACUUGUGCAUGUCGUAGAGAAACUUCAAUGCCGUGCUCAUGGUCAAGAUGGGGUUGCAAUUCGUGUAUCAGGAUCCUUUAUAAUUGGGAAUCAGUUCCUCAUAUGUGGGGAAGGCUUACAAGCCGAGGGCUUGCCGAACUUCAAAGAUCUUUCAAUUGAUAUUUCCUCCGAGCGAAUGGGAACAUUCCAGGAGCAGUUUGUCAUGGAACCAGGGAAUGUCAUUGGACGCUACUACAUAGCUAAACAAGAGCUUUACAUCAUUCAAAAAUAACAAGAUUUUUUUAUUGAGGAGUUGAUAUGAAGGUGGUGGGGGAUAUGUUUGAGUACAUGGAGAUGAACUGACUGUUUUAAACGUCAUGAUUGUUUGCUAAUCACUACUCCGUCUCUGCUUCAUGAUUUGAAACAUGUAGAUACAGAUCAAAUUACCUUUUCCAAUUCCCAAUUGGUUGUUGUAUAGGAGUUGAUAUGAAGGUGGUGAUUGAGUUCAAUCCUGCUUACUGGUGAACUGACAAUGCCUUGUUGAGAUGUACCAAAGCUAAAUAAUUUCUUCUUAUGUUUUAAAUUGUCUUCAUAUCUCUGAUAAUUUUUCCUGAUGGAAGUUGGUGUUUUAGGCUGUAUUGCAUGGAGACAGACAGAUCCAAGUAUGAUGUUCUAAAAGAUAUUACUCAAGAAAUGAAAAUUUAGGUUCCAAGCAAGUUAAAUUAAAUGGUGGCAUGUAUAAACCUACAAAAUAAAUAAAUAAACAGGACGUGAUAAUAUUUCUUCUGUGAGUUAGGAAGAAUAUCAUGCUAGUUAAAUUCUUUCCAUAUUUCUGGGUCCUCUACCUACUUCAGCAACUUUGGUUUAGAUUUUUAUGGAUGAAUAAGAUUGAGGGGAUGAUUUGUGCGAGUCCAACAUACCUUGCUCAUGUGUGUGAGCGACAGUCCAGCUCUUUUGGUAGACAACUUGUGUUCGGGACGUGGAUCUGAAGCCUUUUGUGUGGAUUUGAACCAUAUGUAGACACAAUUUCCUUUGAAAGCCCUCCUCCAAUCCAAAUGAAAAUUAUGGAGGGUUGGGAAAUUCAUCGUACUGUUUCAAACAAAAAAAGUGGAAAAGAUGUCAUCAUGUCAAAUUAGUGGGACUGAAAUUAGCUAUUUAGCUAUUCCAAACUGUAAAGCUGUAUCUGUAAUAAUUUAAAAACAGAAAGGUUUUGAAUGUUAAAUAUGAAGGUUGCUUUUUAGCUUUGUAUGUUAUUAGUAAGGGCUUAAAGCCCUUGUUUUGAUUUCCUGUAAACUGACCUUGAACAUCUCUGUUCAUGGCAGGUACUUUUAACUAUCAUUUCUCCAAGAAAAUUGUGCUGACAAACUCCUCUCUACGGACCGCAUUAUUAAUUUGUAGAUUUAUGCUACAAGAAUCUGAUACUAUCUAACUCUGUAGUGUCAAAGUUUAUGUAUAGUUGCUAAUUAACUUUACUGAUGUAUCAGAGUUUUGUACAUUAGUUCUUCUUUUUCUUUUUUUAUCCCAAAAAUAAAAUACAUAGGUAUCAUUAAUACUAUUGCAGUAAAUUAGGUUUUCCAGUUACUUGGGCCAUUGUUAGAGCUGUUCUACUGUGCUAUGUAUCAAACUUGAGCGAAGAUUGAACCAUGGAAUCUGAAUGAAAUAUAUAUUAGCAUGUGCCAA